AUGCAGGUUUGGGCAAAGAAGGCCCUGUUCUUCCUCUUUGGUUUGCUCAGUGUUGCCUUACAAGGCUGUGGCUGCAAUGAGCAAGGCAUGAACGACUGUGGCAAUGGGUUGAGCGGCACUGGUUGCACCAUGGUCGAAUCAGCCGCCAAGUGCAUCGCUGACAACGGCUGCUGUGACUUCGAACAAUCGGUCGAUGGCGUCAAGUUGAAGGGUCGCGAUGGUGAGGGCAGCAUUGCAGGGGUUCAGCAGCUCUCGAACGAGGCGAACGGGGCUUUAUGCUCCGAUGAGUUCCAUGCCUUGAUGGAUACGGUUGGCCUGUCGUUGCAGGACGCCGAGCAAGGGAACCCAGGGCUCGGCGGGCUGGGCGGGCAGGUCGGUGGGCAAAGGUCGCAGGCCUUGUUCCAGUAUUUUGACCCGAAGAAGCAGGGUGAGAUUUCAUAUAGUGCUCCCGGCAUGCGGGGAGCUGUGGGGCGGGAGCGGGGCGGUGAUGCACAAGUUGAAGAGCUUCAAGAUGCCCCGUGGGCAUCGGGCCACUACCCCUCGAACAUGGCCUCGCUGCGGCGAGUCCAACCGCGCUUCGAUCCGGAGGCCCCGCGGCCUUCAGAAACUGCUUUCAACCUUGAAAGAUGGGUGCUAGGUCCCACCCGUGCCCGUUUCCUGCUGCACGAGCUGGGGGAUGAGGUGCGAGGAGCGCGGAGCGCUCAAACGCGCUCCGGAGGUUUCAUGGCGCUGGGGCGGUGGAUUUCGCUGCUGUCGCUCCCAGCCACCUGGGCGGCCUGGGUGAGUCUGAGCGACCUGCAAGAUCCGCUGGUGGUGGAGGCCUUCCAGACCAACGCGCUCAGUGACCUCUCACCCGAUCCAGUGGAGAAGGCGGAGGCUUCGCCGCCUUCGCCUGCGUGGCUUGGAGCCUGGGGUCGUUCGCGUGGGCUGGUUGGGCUGGUGAACUGCAAAGCAGGGAUGAAGAGGCCGGAGGUGUUAGAAGCCACCGAGUUCCUCCAGCGGCACUCGCGUGAGCUCGAAGAGAAUCACGUGAACCUCUCGGCCUUGUUGUCGCUGGAGCGCUUGGAUCCCAACGAUCCCAACACGCCGAAAGGGCCCACCCAGGACCGCGGAGCGGAGUCCGGGGGUCGGAGCUCCGGGGGCGAUGCCUGGGCCCUAGGCCACAUCCUAUCCUUGGGCACAGUCCGAGACGUGCAUUCGCCCCGCUGUAACCGUUUGGACUCUCCAAAGGCCUUUGCCUUGGCCAAGCGCAUCCGGAGCCAUGAGGGGAACUUGGUGGCCAGUGUCGCCCGGAAGAAAAGACAUGGAACAGGGGGCGGGAUUGCUCGGGCGGAGCGAGCUCUGGGGGUGGGAUUGUCCAACACGCUGCUGGAACUCCAAGGCACAAGGGAAGAUGUGGAGAAGGCUGUAGUGAAUGUGGUGAAUCCCGACAACUGCUUGACGAAGCUCCUCUACUUGCUUUACAGAGCCUUUGCAGAUGGCUUGCUAUUGCAGUUUGUUGGCAGACGAUUUGAGAAGGAGGAUGACUUCCCAUAUCUGCCCAGAAAGCUUGGAAGUCCCCUGAGUUGUGACAUUGGCUUCAACUUUCAGAUGGGCGAAGUGACGGGCCGUCAGAAGAGGCGUGAACAUCUCAGCCUCCAUCACCACGCCGAUGUGCGCCUCGCUACCGCAGACCUGCGCUGUGUAGGCUUUGCACCGUCGUACAGCGGAGUGGUACCAGCACCACAUCCUUCUGAUGGUCUCUACUGGUUGGGUCUCCGCCAUGGCCGCAUGGGCCGCCCGGGCUUGUCACACGCCCGGCGCUUGCGCCGCGCGUGGCGCUUGGGCUCCCAACAGGGAGCUGAGAGUGUGUGGAGCCCAGGAGGGCGCGGCGAGGCGAAGGAGAACGGCGCGGGAGCGGUGCGCCUCCUCUUCGCCCAGGAAGAGCUCCAAGCCUUGGGAUCCUCUGAAGAGACCCAGUGGCGCGAGGCCCUGAGGCACUUGCGCGAGGCCAAGCCGCUGGAGGUCCGCUACUGGGGCGCUGGCAUCGGGGCAUGUGCGCGUCAUCAUUUGUGGACCUUGGCGCUGCAGCUGCUGGUAGAGAUGCGGCAGAAGGAGGCUGUUCAACCGAAUAUCGUGUGCUUCAACGCUGCGAUGGCCGCCUGCGAGCGGGCCUUUGCCUGGACGCAGGCGCUGGAGCUUUUCUCCCAAGCUUUUGAGCUCAAGAUGGCGAAUGUGGUGAGCUUCAGCACGGCCGUCAUGGCCGCUCGCUCCGGGUCCCACGGCUGGCAGGCAGCUUUGCAUUUAUUGCAGCUCUCUCUCCAAGGUGGCCAUGCAAAUGCCUUUGUCUUCACCGCAGCCAUCCAGGCGUGCGGUCUGGGCAGUUGGCGCCACGCCUUGGGAGUGCUGGAGGCCAUGCGAGGCCUGUCCUCUGUGCAGGUGGAUUCGACCGCCCUCAAUGCCUGCGUGACCGCCUGCGAGCGGGCCGAGGGCUGGGCACAGGCCGUAGAGCUCUUUGAGGCCAUGGAGAGCUUCCAGGUCUCCAAGGAGGUCAUCAGUUUCAACGCGGCCAUCGCUGCAUGGCGUGGCCACUGGCCACAAGCCUUGCGGCUGAUGAAGGAGCUCAGGUCGGCGGCUCUGGUGCCCAGUGUUGUGACCUGGAAUUCCUGCAUCUCUGCUGCUGAGAAGGCCUCGGAGUGGCAGAUGGCUCUGCAGAUGCUGCAGGAGCUCAAGGACGAGGGCCGCCCCAGCGUGGUCUCCUUCAACGCCGUUCUGAGCGCCUGUGAGCGCCGCGGAGCUUGGCGCUGGGCGCUUCAGGUGCUCGAGGACAUGCCCAGAUCAGCCGUGAAGCCGGAUGCAGGAAGCUAUGGUGCUGUGCUCACGGCCGUGGGCCGCGAGGCGGUUUGGUGGGAGACUGCCUUGGAGCUGCUCCAGCAGGCCUGGGAUUCCGCGCGGGACUCCUCGAUGUCGAGGAAGGAGUUGCUGGAACGCGCCAUUGUCGCUGUGAUGCGCGCCGGACGCUUGCCGGAGGCUGUGUGCCUUUACCGGGAAGCCCAAGUGUUGGGAUUGUGUGCGCCUUCGCGGGGUCCCGACCUGCUGGACCUGCACGACUUGGCCUUGGAGGCCGCCCUGGCGGCCGUGUGCGAGCGGCUCCUGGCGGGGGUGGACACAGGCGAGUUGGUCCUCAUCACCGGGCGAGCGUCGCAUAGCCGAGAAGGCAGCGCUUCGAUGAAGGAGGCCUUGGUUCACUUCUUAGACUCCGAGCUUGGCCUUGCCACCGGCGAGGUGCCCGGGAAUCCAGGCCGCCUCCAUGUCUCGCUGCCCGUGGAGUUCCAGGGGCCGGGCCGGCUGCAGCAGCGAGAAAGGAAGAGCCAAAAGAAGUGCGGCCGUCACCCCUCGCUGGGCAGCUAGAGCUCUGCGAGCCAUGUUUGUGGAGAUGUCAGCUGGAGCUCCACAGCAUCUGAUUGACA